GAAUCUUUGAUCGGUCGGGAAGUGAUAGUCGUUCUUCAAACGCUUAACUAAAUCAUCCCAAUACUAAUACCUUUUGCUUGAUUAGUUAUCAAAAAUCAUAGCUUUCUUACCGACAACCAAAGACUCAACUGAGUUUAUUAUUUACGUUUUUCUCGAGCUAAAAUUGGUCUAAAAUUCAUCGAAACCAUACAAUUGGAACGACAUUUGCCUGAAGCAUUCCAAGCUAAUCUUGUCCAAAAUGUCUAAAGCUUUAACUAAAGAUCGUUAUGUUGGUAGAUACAGAACUGAUAGACCUAUAGAAGUACCUAAAGGACCUAAAGAAAUUGGUCAAAUCAUUGAAGAUGUACGAGCAGGAAAGCGUUACCUUCGAGGAAAAUUUCUGGGAAAGGGUGGAUUUGCGAAGUGCUACGAACUUAAGGACAUGAGCACACAAGAAAUUUUCGCUGGGAAGAUCGUUGCAAAAUCGUUACUAACUAAACCUCAUCAGAAAGAAAAGAUGUGUAUGGAGAUCGAUAUUCAUAAAAGGAUCAGCCAUCGUCACAUUGUAAAAUUCCACCACCAUUUCGAAGAUAAGGAUUACCUCUACAUCAUUUUAGAGCUUUGCCCUCGAAGGUCUUUAAUGGAAAUGCACAAACGCCGAGGAGCAUUAACAGAGCCCGAAGCACGCUAUCUGAUGAAACAAAUUAUCGAGGGCUGCCAGUACCUCCACAAUAACAAAAUCAUCCAUCGAGACCUCAAGCUUGGAAACCUUUUUCUGAACAAUGAUAUGGAAAUCAAAAUGGGUGAUUUUGGACUUGCUACUGUCGUGAAGGAAGGAGAGCGAAAGAAGACUCUUUGUGGUACACCAAACUACAUUGCACCAGAAGUGCUCAACAAGAGAGGGCACAGCUAUGAAGUAGAUGUAUGGUCUCUUGGAUGUAUAUUGUAUACAUUGUUGGUUGGUAAACCUCCAUUUGAGACAUCAUCUCUAAAAGAAACCUAUGGCCGCAUCAAGAGAAAUGAAUACUACAUUCCUUCCAAGGUUCAACAUCCUGCUCAACUUCUCAUCAUCAAGCUCCUUCGCCCUGACCCGUCCACCCGACCAACGAUGGCUGAAAUACUUGAUGAUGAAUUCUUUCAAGCUUACAUGCCUUCACGCCUCCCUGUUAGUUGUUUGACUAUGCCGCCUAAGUUUGCCUCAUCUUCGAACCUCAGUACUUUGGUUUCAAGGAAACCUCUUCUUGAACUCAAUUCGCAAGAUACAGGACCAGUCCCAGUUAGCAGGAAAGCAGAUGCUUACUCCAAGAGGAAGUCACUAGGAAUACGAGUUGUAGGGACGGAAAGUACGAUGGUUCAACCUGGGGAAGCGAUUGCAGAGGAAGUAAAGAAAGAAGAAGAAGAAGAGGCAUGUCAAGAUUACUAUCUGUCGAGUUUGCUGCAUCAGUUGGAGAACUGUUUGGACAGUAACCCACAUCUAAAAUCAAACAGAAAUUUAGAUGAUGCAGAAGAUCCAGCAUCAAYACCAGUAUACUGGGUCAGCAAGUGGGUUGAUUAUUCUGAUAAGUAUGGCCUGGGUUAUUCACUGUGCGACAACAGUGUUGGUGUACUAUUCAAUGACCAGACUAGACUCAUCUUGUGCGAAGAUGGAGAGAAUCUUCAGUACAUUGAGAAGAAAGGUCUUGAGACUUUCCAUACAAUGAAAGGCUAUCCAACAAACUUAGACAAGAAAGUAAGAUUAAUGACUUUCUUCCGCAACUACAUGAAGGAACAUUUGCUCAAGGCUGGAGGAGUACCAGGCAUGAAAGAAGGAGAGUCCUCACAUUUGCCAUACCUCAGAUAUUGGUUUAGAGAGAAUGAAGGAAUCGUACUGCACUUGAGCAAUGGAUUCUUACAAAUCAACUUUUUUAAUGACCACACAAAAAUCUUUAUCUGUCCUCUCAUGGGUGCUGUCACAUACAUUGACGAAAACAAAAGAAUGCGGACUUUCCCUUUCAAGAAUCUUAAAGACCAUGGAUGUAGUAAAGCCAUACACUCUAGACUGGAAUUUGCAAAGAAAAUGGUAAAGAAGCUGAUUCAUAGAUUAGAAUGCACAGCUUGCAAGGAUGAAAAACCAGGGACUGCCGUAUGCCCAGCUGCUGUUCCAACAGCAGUAAAGGUGGCUGUGAAAUAGCUUCGUAAUCCAGCAAAACAGAACAAACUAUAUAUGUAUAUAUUAAUUUUCUAUUUUAAUAUUAUAAGUGUUUUUUAAGUGUCUUGAAUAGACACUGUCACUGAAAUGUCUAAUAACCUCUGGCUUAAUUUAGACUGCAAUGUUUGCUGAAGCUAUUCACAGUAUAUUACAUUGAUUUAGUAAUUACUCUGUAAUAUUUGUGAAUACUUCACCAAGCAACCAUGAUUUGCAAGUAAACUUUAUUCAAGCAAGACUCACUGAUCUGCACUUAAUUAUUCAAACAAAUAUGAAUUUCAAAUGUUUGAUAAAUAAUUAUAUUAGCCUAUAAUAUACAGCUGUGCCAUGUACAGAACUUAAAAUGACGACCGGUCUGUCGCCACACUCAUGAAGUUUUUGUUUUCUUCCAAUAAUAUUUUCAACAUAAACUAUAUAUAGUUAUGUACACUAUACUAGUUCCUAAUCUUUUGAUUGUCUGGAACCAAAAGUGGAAAGCUUUUUCACUGUCUUGGUCAAGUAACUAUGAAUUUUUUCCACAAGGAAAUGAUUUCUUAUGCAAAUCAUCUACACUCACAAGCUACACAAUUGUCUAACCAUAGAAAAAAAUCUGAUAGAUUUACCCCAGCUCCAUUAUCUCUUGGAACAUAAAUGGUAAUUUCUUCUGGAACAUUCUUUUAGUAUAUUUUUAGCUUUAUUGAGAGGGAUUAGAUGUCAUAUAAUAAUAAUAUAGAAUUAUACAGUACAUGCAUGGUGGGGAAAUUCAUAUGUAUAUGUAAUAAAUAAGAGGAUUACUUUCGAAACAAAAGCAUGUAUAUAUUCCAAUUCAAGUCAAGGAUAAAUUACACUGGUUUGUCAUAACUUGACAAGCUUCAUUUUGAGAUGUGUGUUUUUGGCUUCCAUCAAUCAAAUUUCCAACGCCGUCUGAAAUCCAAAAGYUCAGUAAUAUUAGAAAGUUUUAGAAAACAAAACUAGAGGCAAAAGACAAUGGCAUAUAUAUGUGCUGUCAAGAAUGGCUUUUAAAAUGACCAUUGACAUUGCAACACUACAAUCAGGAUUCAAAAAUGAAUCCUGACUUGUUGAAAAACCUUCUGGAAUUAGGUCCACUGACAAAUAUGGCUCUCACUUCACUUGUAAAUAUUAAUCAUAUAGGAGAUAGUAAUUAAUGACUACCAUAUUAUUGUUGAAAUGCACGUUAUAAUGCUAUAAACUGGAAAUUAUUAUUAUUAUUAAAUAUUGUUAAAAUGUUUAUGAAUUUGAAGUAAAUUGAAUGAACACA